AAUAAUACAAAUUGCUGCAUCAUCUAAUGCACUGCAGUAGAAUGGUAUCUGUUUUUCAACUGCACGUGAGGAGUCUUCCAACCCUAUCUGUAUGUCGUCUAGCCUUCUAGCCAUUUUGGCACAGUCAAUUAUCUUUUACAAAGUCAUAACACCACUACGGAGUGGGAAAGGUCUCACACGCACAGAAACCCCAUCCACAAAUCAAAGCAAAAUCGCCUUGUUUUAAGCUCUUCUGGACCAGUUCCUUUAUUCAUUUUGGUUCCCACCAUGCUAUUACCUUUUCUUUGAUCUCCUUCGCCGUAAUGGGUUAUCAAUCUUCCUGCUGCUUCUUUCUCUUCGUUUCUUCCAUCUUUCUUUCCUUCUCCUUCACCAGUUGCCUGGAAUUCUCUUAUCCUCCUAGCAGCUUCGACCCAAACGACGCAAGCAUUAUUGUUAAUGAUGCGACUAGAGGUGACUCAGAAUUUGGGGGCCGGGUGAUUCGACUCAUUGAUCCCGAUCCUGUUAAAGGGACAGCCCAAAAUUCUGUUGGCCGAGUUCACUAUGCCAAACCUUUUCAACUGUGGGAUCCCAGAACAAAUUUUGUCACGGAUUUCACCACUAGUUUUGACUUCGCAAUCUCGCUUCCAAAACAGCAGUAUAAUUCAAGUAUCGGUUCCGGUGGUCUGGCCUUCUUUAUAACUUCAGAGAAGUCGCUGGUUGCUCCAAUAAAUUCUUCUGGAGGAUGGUUGGGGCUAUUCAAUGAGACGAUUAAUGGAAGUUCAUCGAACCAGAUGGUUGCAGUUGAAUUUGAUACGUUCAAAAACGAAUGGGAUCCUAGUAGCAUCCAUAUUGGUUUAGAUGUCAAUUCUAUAGUUUCCGUGAAUAGCACAAUUUGGAAUGAGGGUAUUUUCAGUAACAGUACCUACCACCACCGUGCCACUCUCUCUUACAAUGGAACAUCUAAGGCUUUUAGGGUCGCUGUCAAACUCGCGGAUAUUGUUGGUGAAUCGGAAACGUUGAGUCUCACCUACAAUGUGGAUUUAAGUAAAGUGUUGCCACCCAAGGUGUAUGUUGGCUUCUCAGCAUCAAGCGGACAGGCAGCGCCAACUCAAUUGAUUAUAAGUUGGAAUUUUACUUCACCCGUGAUUCCAAAUGAUGAAGGUUUGGAGAUGUGGAAGGUGGGGUUAAUCAUAGCAGUGGUGGUCUUUUUUGUAGGGUUGGGGCUAAUAGUUGGUACUUUUUGGAGAAAUUCAAGAAGGAAAAAACCUGAAGAAGUUGAUGAUGACAGCAUGGACAUGGACUUCGAAAAGGGAACUGGACCGAAGAGAUUCACCUUUAAGGCAUUAGUUACUGCAACGGGAAACUUCUCGGAAGAGGGAAAACUUGGGCAGGGAGGUUUCGGAGGUGUCUAUAAGGGUUACUUGGCAGACCAAAACAUUGAAAUUGCAGUCAAGAAAGUAGCUAGCAACUCUAAUCAAGGGAAAAAGGAGUAUGUUUCUGAGGUGAAGACCAUAAGUCAUUUGAGACACAGGAAUUUAGUUCAACUUAUUGGUUGGAGCCAUGAAAAUGGUAAUUUCCUUCUAGUUUAUGAGUACAUGCCUAACGGUAGCCUAGACUCUCACCUUUACGGCAAGAGUAAUCGUCUCACAUGGCCAAUAAGGUAUAAUGUUGUUAAAGGAUUAGCUUCUGCCUUGCUCUAUCUCCAUGAGGAAUGGGAGCAAUGUGUGAUUCACAGAGAUGUCAAGCCUAGCAACGUAAUGCUGGAUAAGAACUUCAAUGCCAAACUAGGUGAUUUUGGUCUUGCUAAGUUUCUUGAACAUGGCCUUGGCUCACAAACAACAGUUUUAGCUGGGACUAUGGGCUAUCUGGCCCCUGAGUACGUGAUCAGAUGCAAAGCUAGCAAGGAAUCUGAUGUGUUUAGCUUUGGAGUCGUGGCACUGGAGGUGGCUUGUGGGCGCAGAGCAGUGGAACAUAAGGAACAGGAGGCCAAAGUGGUGUUGUCCACGUGGAUUUGGCAGCUACAUGUGAAUGGAAAGCUUCUUGAAGCAGUAGAUGAAACACUGAAUGGAGAAUUUGAUGAAGACGAGAUGAGAUGUUUGCUGUCUGUUGGAUUAUGGUGCACUCAUCCAGAUUACAAGCUAAGGCCUUCUAUAAGGCAGGCAAUCCAACUUCUUAAUUUCGAAAUUCCUUUGCCCACUCUUCCAUCCCAGAUGCCAGAGGUUUUGUGUUUUCCUCCGGUUCCUUCCUAUCGAUUCAAUUAUACAAGCUCGAGUGAGGGCACAUGCCAAACCACCACAUCUGCAACAACCACUUCCUCAAAUCAAAGCACCUCAUUUGAAUGUUUUCAUCCAACUUCCUCAGGUGACGAGGUUUCAGCUUUGAUUCACAGUUGUUAACAUGUCAACAUUUUUCGUUUCUUUCAAUUAUUUCACCACUGACUUCUUGUUUGAUACUUGUCUGUAACAUGUUCAUUUUUAAAAUUUU